GCUUUUGGCCUCUCGGAGGCCGGCUUCAGCACGGCGUGUGUCACGAAGCUCUUCCCCACCAGAUCCCACACGGUGGCAGCCCAGGGCGGCAUCAACGCGGCGCUGGGCAACAUGGAGGAGGACAACUGGAGGUGGCACUUCUACGACACCGUGAAGGGCUCCGACUGGCUGGGGGACCAGGACGCCAUCCACUACAUGACGGAGCAGGCGCCCGCCUCCGUGGUCGAGCUGGAGAACUACGGCAUGCCGUUCAGCAGGACCGAGGACGGGAAGAUCUACCAGCGCGCCUUUGGCGGGCAGAGCCUCAAGUUUGGCAAAGGCGGCCAGGCCCAUCGCUGCUGCUGCGUGGCAGACCGCACCGGCCACUCCCUGCUGCACACGCUGUAUGGACGGUCUCUGCGCUAUGACACCAGCUAUUUCGUGGAAUAUUUCGCCUUGGACCUGCUGAUGGAGGGCGGCGAGUGCCGCGGCGUGAUUGCACUGUGCAUAGAGGACGGCUCCAUCCACCGCAUCAGGGCGAAGAACACCGUCAUCGCCACGGGGGGCUACGGGCGCACCUACUUCAGCUGCACGUCUGCGCACACCAGCACCGGCGACGGCACCGGCAUGGUCACCAGGGCCGGCCUGCCCUGCCAGGACCUGGAGUUCGUGCAGUUCCACCCCACAGGCAUCUACGGCGCCGGCUGUCUCAUCACGGAGGGCUGCCGUGGAGAGGGGGGCAUCCUCAUCAACAGCCAGGGCGAGAGGUUCAUGGAGCGGUACGCCCCCGUCGCCAAGGACCUGGCAUCCAGGGACGUCGUGUCUCGGUCCAUGACUGUGGAGAUCCGCGAGGGCAGAGGCUGCGGCCCCGAGAAGGACCACGUCUACCUGCAGCUGCACCACCUGCCCCCUGAGCAGCUGGCCGUGCGCCUGCCCGGCAUCUCUGAGACGGCGAUGAUCUUCGCGGGCGUGGACGUGACCAAGGAGCCCAUCCCUGUCCUCCCCACUGUGCACUAUAACAUGGGGGGUAUUCCCACCAACUACAAGGGGCAGGUCCUGAAGCACGUCGACGGGCAGGACCACGUGGUCCCCGGCCUGUACGCCUGCGGGGAAGCGGCCUGCGCCUCGGUGCACGGAGCCAACCGGCUGGGGGCCAACUCGCUGCUGGACCUGGUGGUGUUUGGCCGCGCCUGCGCCCUGAGCAUCGCGGAGUCCUGCAGGCCUGGAGACAAAGUUCCGCCAAUUAAAGCUAACGCCGGGGAAGAAUCUGUUAUGAAUCUUGACAAGUUGAGGUUUGCUGAGGGAAGCAUACGAACCUCGGAGCUGCGACUCAGCAUGCAGAAGUCCAUGCAGAGCCACGCAGCCGUGUUCCGGGUGGGCAGCGUGCUGCAGGAGGGAUGCGAGAAGAUCAGCCAGCUCUACGGGGACCUGAAGCACCUGAAGACCUUCGACAGAGGGAUGGUCUGGAACACGGACCUCGUGGAGACCCUGGAGCUGCAGAACCUGAUGCUGUGCGCGCUGCAGACCAUCUAUGGCGCCGAGGCCCGGAAGGAGUCGCGUGGUGCCCACGCCCGGGAGGACUACAAGGUGCGGGUGGACGAGUACGACUACUCGAAGCCCAUCCAGGGGCAGCAGCGGAAGCCCUUUGAGCAGCACUGGCGGAAGCACACCCUUUCCUACGUGGACAUCCAGACCGGGAAGGUCUCGCUGCAGUACAGGCCCGUGAUCGACAAGACCCUGGAUGAGGCCGACUGUGCCACGGUGCCUCCGGCCAUCCGCUCCUACUGAGGCGGCCGGCGGCAGCAAGCUUCCCGUCAGCUUUGCUCUGUUCCUGUGAGAGAAUAAAACUGGGAUGAUCCUUAAAACAAA